CAUUCGUCGAUCAGAUCUCUACGUAGUACAAGAUAUACUACCGCCCAACCAGCUCGAGAUGAUUCAUUCUCGAGUUCACAUUGAGUCAGGAGACCUAGUCAUCGUCUAUCUGUCUCGGGACAACCUCAUCUCAGUUGUGGUCACUCCUGGUCAAGUUUUGCAUAACAAGUAUGGAAGGUACCUGCACGAUGACAUGAUAGGGCAGAAGUUUGGGACAAGGAUGACCUCUCCACCUCCGCAUUCUGGCUACAUUCAUUUACUUCGACCAACGGCAGAAUUGUGGACUCUCUCGCUUCCGCACCGAACACAGAUUCUCUAUGCUCCGGACAUCUCGUACAUCACCAUGAAGCUCGGGGUCAGGCCAGGUGCCCGAGUCAUCGAGGCCGGGACAGGCAGUGGAAGUAUGACACAUGCACUUUCUCGAUCUGUGGGAUCCAGCGGCUCUUGCUACAGCUACGAAUAUCAUUUACAACGUUAUGAGAAAGCAAAGGAGGAGUUCAUCAGUCAUCAUUUGGACAAUGUACAUCUGAGUCAUCGAAAUGUGUGCAAGGAUGGAUUCGGUGAUGUUGAGGAUGUUGAUGCUGUCUUUUUGGACCUGCCGGCACCAUGGGACGCCAUACCUCACGCGAGAAAAGUGCUCAAUCCCAAUACACUUGCCAAGAUAUGCUGUUUCAGCCCAUGUUUGGAACAGGUCUUGAAGACUGUCUUCACCCUACGUUCAGAAGGCUUUGAGGACAUUUACACCCAGGAAGUAUUGUCCCGCCAUCACGAACUGCCGAAUGGUCACCCUUCAUCCACGGCUUCCAGUUCAUCAGUCUCAGCGUCUAUUGAGAGACUCCGGCAACAUGAAAAACGUAAAGCCGAGCGACGACGCCUUCAGAUGAAAAAUGCCCGAGAGAAAGCUAGGCAGCAGAUGAGUGCCGCCAAUUGGUCUCAAUCGAGCUCGCCCCCUGCUCCGCACGAGUCUUCUGCAGAGGCUUUGGGCCACACGAAUGCUUUGAAAAGACCUCCCACGGGAGAAGAUGGAGAAGAAGAACAUGAACCUGAGAACAAGCGAGCUCGAAUGGAGGAAGGGCCCACGACAGCAGACGACACAAAAGGACAUUUUCAUACCAAGACUUGGUCAGAACCUGACUUCGCCUCCGACGCACUCCUUUCGAAACCAUAUCACGAGAUGCGCGGACAUACGUCUUAUCUCACCUUUGCAUCGUUUCAUCCUGCGGUUAUCCGCCGAGCGCGGGAGGGUGUAGCGGGGGAUGCUGUGGGUCGAGGUGACGAUGCUCAAGAAACUGGCAGUGGACCAGCAGCAGCCGCAGCAGCAGUAGCAGGAGCAGGAGUAGAAGACGAAGCAGAAGCCACAGAAUAUGGGAGUGAUGGGUUUGACGAGGUGAUGGGUACCAUGACGGAGGAUGACUUGCAAGCGUUGACUGGAGAGACAUGAUGCUGCUUGCUUGCUGCUGCCAUGACCGCCACGCGAUGAUAUUUUUUGUAUUGACGCGUGUCCCAAAGUAGUAAUAAAUCUGCCACAAACGAGGAGAAAAACACUGGGCAGCCCAAACACACAUACCCUCCCCUCGAUUCUCAUACA